AUGCAGGGCCUUGUAGGUGCGGAAUUUGCUGCAGACUGCGAGGAGAUCCUACCGAGGGCGAGGGAGGCCCUUAACAGAUGGCGACAGCAGCAGCAGCAGCAGCAGCAGCAGCAGGAACAGCAGCAGCAAAAAAAGGAGCCAGGCGAGGCGGAGACAAAAGGAGGAGCCCACGAGGGAGAAGAGCAAUUUUACGCUCAGGCCCUACAAGAUCUGCUGCAGCGGAGCGAAGCACUUGAAAGAGAAAGAGACAUCAGAGACAGGCGACAAGCAGCAGCAGAGUUUGCUCUCUUCCCUCCUUCUCAGGAGUAUGUCCCUAGUGGUUUUAUGCUGUGGCGUUGCCUCGGCUUAUCUUGGGGCUGCGUCCUGUGGCAGCUGCUGCAUGUCGAGAGUUUAUAUUUGUCUCUCGUAAAGUAUCACUCUCUUGCUCCUCCAGCACUAGCAGCACUUGCUGCAGCAAGCCCACCACAGCAGCAGCAGCAGCAGCAGCGAGGGCUGCAGCAGCAGAAUGGGGUGCAGCAGAAAAAAGGGCUGCUGCAGCAGAAAGGGGUGCAGAAACAGCAUGAAGGGCAGCAGCAGCAAGAAAGGCAGCAGCAGCUGCAGCAGCAGGGCCUGCUGGUGCUGCAGGAGAGGGUUGCUGCUGCACUGCAGCAAGUGCAGCAGCUUGCUGCAGAGUCGCAGCAGCGAUGCGUAGUGUUUGCUACGCAUGCAGAAGUCAGGGGCUUCCACCUGCUGGAGGUGGUGCCCUAUUUGGAGUGCGUGUGUGUAGAGGAGUUGCUUGCUAGUGGUUUAUCGUACAGCAGCCCUGAAGCACUGCAGCAAGCGCAGGCGUUGGUGCUGCAGCUAGCAGCAGGGAUCGUGUCCCUGGGGCCUAUUUGCUUCCUGCUGCCGCUGAAGCUGUCUCGAAUAUUUAUUCAAAAAGAUAAAGUUUUAUUUGUUGCUGGGCUGCCUCUCUCCCUCCUCCUGCAUCCUGCUGCUGCUGCUGCUGCUGCUGCUGCUGCUGUUAAAGCAGCAGACGCGGAUGCGGCAGCAGCAGGGGCAGCACCGAAACCAGCAGCAGCAGCAGCCGAGCCCGCCGCCACAACAACAGCAGCAGCAGCAGCAGCAGCGGAGUCCCCAGCAGGAGCAGCAGCAGCAGCAGCAGCAGCAUCUCCUUGCAGCUUUUUGUCUUCACUGCGCGUUCCUACUGCUGCUGCGGGUCUAUGGGCGGAGGGUUUGUGCUGCUGUCUGCCUCCAGAGUGUACAGACACCUCCUGGGAGUGCAGCGCUGCAGCAGCAGACAAAGCCCAUGCGUGGAUGUUGGGUUUGCUGCUGCUGCGCCUCACUGCUGAGCCGCAUGUCCUCCAGCAGCAGCAGCAGCAGCAGCAGCAGCAGCACGCAGCAUACUCGCAGCAGCAACUCAACAAAUGCAUUUCACAGGUUGCAGACGCAAAAACACAAGAGUUUCUCCUCGCCUGUCUGCAGCGGGACCCAGAGAAGAGACCUUCGCUUAGUGAGCUGUUAAAGUCGAGCCCCUAUCUGCAGCAGCAGCAGCAACAGCAGCAGCAGCAGCAGCAGGACGAGGCUGCACGGGCGGGUGUCUCUCUCGACUCAGACAGUACAAGGUGCUUCUCUCCUUUAAAGGCUUCCAGCAGCAGAAACGGCAGCAGCAGCAGCAGCACUCGGGGGCGGGCGAUGCCUGCAGCGGCUGGAGGAGCAACAAGUGAAACUACUUCUGCUGCUGCUGCUGCUGCUGCUGAUGCUUCUCCCCAUCUGUCUACCGCAGCAAGAGUAGCUGGAGGCGCAGCAGCAGCUGCUGCUGCUAUCGAUCUCUCCUGCAGCAGUAGCCUCAUGAAGAAGAGACAGCGCUCUGCAGAUGACGGCGACAGCAGCAGCAGCAGCAGUAGCAGCAGCAGGGGUGUCGUGCAAUCGGGUUCAUCAGCAGCAGGAGCAGCAGGAGCAGCAACAGGAGCAGCAGCAGCUCGACCUGGAGGUGGGUCGCUGUUGCCUCCUUUGCUAGGAAUGCGUUUACCGCAGCAGUUGCAGCAGCACCCAGCAGCAGCAACAGCAGCAGCAACAGCAGCAGCAACACGUUUAGCUGAUUGCUGCGACGCUCUGUUUGGAGAUCAGCAGCAAACAACCCUGUACAGACACCGGCGCUGGGGACCAGCAUUCUCUUGCAGCAGCAGCAGCAGCAGCAGCAGCAGAGAGAACACUACUAGCUGCAGCAGCACCAGCAGCAACUACAGACGCGGUGCUUGCAGCAGCAGCAGCAACAGCAACAGCAAGAGUAGCAGUAGCAGCAGCAGCAGCACAGACACAGGUUUGCAUCUGGUGCUGCUCCAGGUUCUAGGCCUUGAGUCGUUGCAGCAGCAGCAGCAAACAACAGGAGCAGCAGCAGCAGACAACGGCAGCAGCAGCAGCAGCAGCAAACAACGACAGCAGCAGCAGGAGCAGCAGCAGCAGCAGCAACAGGGAAAACGCCUCUCUGGCGACAUAGAGGCGCUGUUCUGUCGCGCAGCAGCAGCAACAGCAGCAGCAGCAACAGCAGCAACAGCAGCAACAGCAGCAACAGCAGCAACAGCAGCAGCAGCAACAGCAGCAGGAGGAGGAGGAGGAUAA